UACAAUUAUCUCUUUCACGUCAAAGCGCACAAGUAAUCUUCCAAAUAUGACGGUAAUUAUAAGUACAAACGUUGUUUAUGAAGUACUUAACAAGUAUAACUACGAGAAUUGGAGUGGAGUGGUUAAAACCUACUUGAUUGCUCACGAUCUCUGGGAUGUCAUAGAACCUGCAGUUGAAGCAGCUCAAAAGCCUCAAAUAAAAGAUCAUAAUACUAUAGAAGACGAAACAUCAGAAUUCGAAAUAUCAGCGGAACGCAAAAUACCAAAAUCAGAAGGUUAUAAUUUGAAGGAGGACAAGAUCAAGAAUGCUAGAGCUCUUCAUGCAAUUCAGAUUUCAUGUGGGCCAGAUGCCCUUUCUGCUAUUAAGGGGAUCUUCUCAGCGAAAGAUGCUUGGCGUAUUUUAGAUGAAACGUUUAAGCCAGAUUUCUUCAUAAAAUUCACAGAUAACAGUGAAGAAGAGAGUUUAGAUUGGCUUGACGACGUGGGCAAGGAGUUCGAGCAAGCUUUAAACACAGAAGACUGGGAGAAAGUAAAGAAGAUGUACACCAAAAAUCCUGGCCUGUUGAAAGGAAGAUUUUCGUCUAAUAAAUUUUCAGCCCUUCACUAUGCAGCACUGCUCAGUGGAAGACCAGACAUUGUGAAGGAAAUGGUGGAAAAAAUGAGUACGGAAGACAUGGAAAUCAAAGAUUCAUGUAAUGGCCGCACAGGACUUGUGGCGGCCAUAGUUGCAGGGUCUGUGGAAAUGGUAGAAUGCAUGGUGAACAAGAAUUCUGAAUUAAUAAGCAUCGAAGAUAAUACUAAAUCCCUUCCGAUCGACGUAGCCCUUGCUUGUGGUCAUAUCGACAUGAUUCACUGUCUGUAUGAUGCUACUAAAGAGUAUCUAUCAUCUCGUGAUGACGUCGCCUGUAGAAAACACGGGGCCAGGGUUAUUUCAAAAUGCAUAAAAAAGAGAAUUCCCGGGACAUUAGAUAUUGCCUUGGAUUUACUGAAACAAGAAAAAAGUUUAGCUCUUGCUAAAGACGACACUGGGGAAUCUCCCUUGUACCUACUCGCAUGUUCACCUAAUUUCCUAUUUGGUGAGCUUGGAUUUUUCGAGCGAUGGAUAUAUAAAUGGUUGGAUUCAUUCAGCUCACUAGUAAAAAAACUGCUUAAUAAACUUCUAGGAAUUGAACAGAUACGAGAAAAGAAAUUGGUUCAUGAACGUUCCUUGGAGCUACUGGGUGAGAUGUGCAAAGCGGUUAAGAAUAUAAAAGAUAAGAAAGAAUUGAAAGAUGGUUUAGUGUUGAAGGCGCUAUUCGCGGCUGUGGAACGAGGAAACAUUAAAUUUGUCUCUAAACUGAUUUCCAAGGUUCCAGCACUUCGGAUGAGCACUGAUGAGUAUUCAAGGGGCAUUUUCAUGCAUGCGAUUGAAUGGCGUCAAGCAAAACUGUUUAACUACAUGCUUGGACCUGUAAGCGAUAAUUUUUUGUUAGCAAUGACCAGUUGUAUGAAAGAUAAGUUUGGUAAUAACUUGCUACAUGUAGCUGCAACGUUAUGUCCGUCCACCAAACUCGAUCGUGUUCCUGGAGCAGCUUUGCAGAUGCAAAGAGAAAUACAAUGGUUUAAGGAGGUGCAGAAAAUUGUACAUCCUGCUGCUUUAGAAGAAGAAAAUUACUUGGAUAGUUUGACACCACGUGAAGUAUUCACUAAGAACCACAAAGAUUUGAUGAAGGAGACGGCAACUUUUUCCAGCGUAGUAUCUGCUCUCAUUGUUACCAUGACUUUUGCUGCCGUAUUCACAGUUCCUGAUCUGGAAGAAAACACAAACAAGAAGUUACGCAAGGUUUUAAUAAUUUCCGAUGGAAUAUCACUUUUUUCUUCCGCAUCUUCAUUGUUUGUGUUCUUAGGGUUAUUCUUGAGCGCGCGGUAUGAAGAACAUGACUUCCUCAUAAACUUGCCGUUGAAAUUGAUGGUUGGAAUUUCCACACUUUUCAUCUCGAUUAUAACCAUGCUUAUAGCCUUUUCUGCGAUCUUUCUCCUUCUGCUCCCUGAAUCAUGAGUUCCAAUUCCAAUCAUUUUGCUCGCAGCCCUUACUGUCACAUUAUUUGCUGCCAUGCAAUUCCGUCUCUUGAUUAUAGUAUUUAAGUCUACUUUCUGUAACAGACUUUCUUUAACUCUUAAGAGUAGGAAGAAGCCCACCAAUGCAGAAAAGGACGAUUAGGUUGGUAUUCAUUAGAUAUUGAUGUGUGUGUGUUUUG